AUUAUUAGAUUGGCCCGCUCCCUCGGCAUGUAAUAAUUUCAAAUAAAUAAAUACAUAAAUAAAGAAGAGGGAAUCAAAAACAAAAUUCAAAAUCUCCUAUAAGUUUCUCCAUUGAUUGGAGAAGCACACAAGCGUUGCUAAUUUUGAUAUUCAUAGCCUAAUUUAGAUCAGAUAGCCAGAAGAUGAAGAAGCCGAGUCGCAGAUCCAAGCGAACCAGUGUCGCCGAUUCUCCACCACGAUCAUCCAUAUGCGACGAUAAAGAGCGACAGCAGCAGCAUUGUGAUAAAAGAGGUGACGAAUUGGAGAAAGAAAACGAAGCUCUCAAGAGGGAGAUUGAGGAGCUGAAGAGCAAAUUGGUUAAUGUUUCACCGAAUUUCAAUGAUAGUCUUCAAAAGCAGAAGAAAGAUGAUGAUAAUUCUCAAAAAUUUGUCGCCCUUGAAGAACAGGUUAUGCAGCUGAAGAAGAAAUUAAAUGGACUAUCUCAGCUCUCAGCACAAAAGCAAAAUUCAUCACAAAAGAAAAAGAAUAGCGACUCAACUUUUGAAGAAAUUCAGAGGUUGAAGGCUCAAAAGGUUCAACUUAUUUGCAAGAUGAAGCUAGAGUCUGUACAGUUCAGGCUAUCAAGGGCUUCACUGGAGAAAGAAAUUCUUCAGCUCAAAAAAGAUCAAAGGAGGAAAGAUUAUGAAAUGCGCAAGUUGCAAGCUCUGAAUGAGAAGCAGAAGCUGGUACUGCAACGGAAGACAGAAGAAGCAUUGAUGGCUACUAAGCGGCUAAAAGAGCUAUUAGAAUCUCGGAAGGCUUCAUCUCACAGAACUUCUGAUGCUAAAAGUGGCCAGAGUCCUGGAGUCCAGGGUAUAGAGCUUGAGCUUAGAAUUGCUGCAAGGGUGGAGGAAAUACGCUCUGACUUUGAGCGCCAAAUGGAAGAGAUGGCUAAUGAGGUCAGGAAGUACGAGGAAGAAGCCGAGAUGCUGAAAGAAGAAAAAUUUAGAUGCUUGUUACAGGACAAAGAAGUUGACUGCACGGUGAGGGUUUCAGAGCUAAGAGACCUGAAAGAAGAAAUAGUCAGGCUAAGUAAUGUGGUUAAUCAACUAGGAAUUCCAAAAGCAGAACACAGAAAGAAGCUAGAUGUGGAUCUUGUUAAACCUUCUGUUUCUUUUGGAAGUAGAAUUGACUUCAUGGACACCCCUGAAUUGGAAGAUUGUGGAGGAAAGAAUGUUGUGGUGGGGAAAUCUACACAAGGAGCGGGCUGCUCUUGUGGUAAAAGAUCUCUUUGCAAGACAUCAAAAUGUGCGUGCCUGGCUGCUUUUGGCAGCUGUGGUACAGGAUGUGGCUGUACAGCCUCUAGGUGCACCAAUAGAGGAGUUUCUUCCAUCAAGAUGGAUGACUCACUUCAAAGGGAAGUGACUCAAGAUAUGAUGCAUAGUUCAGCCACCUCAGAAACAGAGAAAGGCACUGUUGUUUUUCAACCUGCUGAUUUGGAUAAUGAUAAUGUGCCAAGAAGGAAGCCUUUAUCUGAUAUUGGAAAUACAGUGGCAAGUCCAAGUCCUAAAAAACCUGGAAAGAAAAUAAGAGGGCGCAAAGCAGUUGCUCAGCUUGAUAUUGUAGAACCGUCUUUCUCCAUACCAGAAGUUGCUGUAGGCCCCAAAGAAGCAGAGAGAACUGAUCCGGCAGUGGCAGAUAAGCCUAUAAGGUUAACUAGGGCUAAGCGGUCAACUUGAAAUAAGGAUGCUUAAACACAGAAUAAACUUCUGGUUAAUAUUUUGUUGUAAACCACAUGGCGACCCUGCUACAGGAAGUUCACCUCGCAGGCCAGAACGUCUGAUGAUUAGAGCAGCAAAUUUUACAUUGAAUGUCGUGGUCUGUAUAGUUCCCCAAAAAUUAAUUCUAUUAAGGGGGUCCAACAAAGAGGUUUCCAAGUGGAGAUUGGGGAUCUCUUAAUGAUAGUGUUUUUAUUUGAGAUAUGGCAAAUGCAUGCCAAUAACUGAACUUCUGUUUUGUAAUACUGCUAAAAAGUUUAUAUGCUCGCUGAAGUGAUUGAUUUUCUGCUCCAUUUAUCUUUGGAGCAAAGGUGAACCACCCUCUUUCUGAAAUUGAAUUGAUGCUAUUUUAUUAUUCUCGCAUCA